GAUUAUGUUGGAUUAUGGCCGAGGUGUUCCGAUUUGGUCAAUCUAAUUAGACAGAACGAAAAUAGCAAUUUCGGAAAAUAAGAAUAGCAAAACAGUAUACUGUGUCAUCGUCAACACGAGUGGCAAGCAGCAAGGACACAUUUUUGCUGGACAGAUUUUUCAUUAAAUAUGGAAUUCAAAAUUCUGUACGUAGUUUUACUGCUUGUGCUUGGAUUUGAAGGGACGGAUUCGCGUGUGAAUAGGAACCCUGUUCCACAUGAAACUGGACACCCAGGCUACGAUGAUCGUCGCUUCCGGAUAUUUAGUGAAACAGAUCAAUACCAACCAAGUGGGGGGAAAGCAUCGAGAGUCAGGGCAUGCGUUGCCGCUCCUGCCGCAGCGCUUAAACGACUUCCAACGCCAAAGGGUGCAACACGUACUCGACAGGUCCUUUAUUAUAAGACAUUGCAACCACUAGAGCAACCACUAGAGCAACAGCGCCACCACUUAUCAGUUUCGUUGGGUUCCCGCCGGCAAGUUGCGCAAGCUUUGCCACUUGCUCCAGUGCUUAUUCAAACUCCACCUACACCAGAACCGCAUGAAAUGGUUGACGAUUUACCAGAACCAAACCUGUGUUAUUGAAACAGGAAGAUACAUCGGGGACGAGGUGGGGAGCUCCGGCAGACUUGAAUGUGUCAGCAACCUGUGGAACUUUGACACAUUAAUUUAUUGGAGUAAUUCAAAUGUUGUUAAGAUAAAAUCAUUGUUAAAUCCUAUAAGUAGUAAUGCAUGCAACAAUCCGUUAUACAUAUCCUGUGUUUCGUCUUCAUACUUAUUGACUCGAGCUCUUUUAUUAAUCUUGACAUGCAUAUUUGCGUUUGUCAAUUUCCUUGUGUGUUUGCAUAUUAUGAGAAAUAGUUUUAUAUGAAUGGCUUAAAUCAAAGGAUCUUGCUGUCUGGUCUGUUCUAUUCCAGAAGGGUUUUGCUUUCUUUAGCUUAGAGAUGAAUACAUUGUGUACACCAUUGCAUGUUGAAGUCAUCAAGUCUCCUUUUACAAUUCAUUUUAUACAGUUUCAGUGUGUGUAUACCACGUGAUAAAUUACGUCAUAUAUGCUACAUCAGAAGGCAUUUUGCUUAAAAGGAAAACUUAUUUCACAAUUUUAAAUGAAAAAAAUGGCAGUAUAUGCCGCGUAAAGAGCCACGCCUUCGUUUUAUUACCGGAUAAGGUUUACAAACCUGUCUACAAAAUAAUGUUUUGACAGUGUCAGACGGCCGUAUUGUGAAAACGGUUUGUCGAAGUGUAACUUCACUCUCAAUCAAACAGGUAAAAGACCGAAUGCGAGGCUCUGUAAGCGGCGUAGACUGUGCUAUGGUUCAUUUAAAAUGGUGAAUAAAUAGGAAAGUUAUCUUUGUUUAAAGUCUUCAUUUGAAGCAAAAUAUUGCCUUCCGAGGUAGCAUUUAUGACGCAAUUUAUCACGUGGUAUACACACACGGAGUAUAUAUGUUAUGAGUUCCUCGGAUGGGCUAGUAGAACUAACAUUCAGAGGGACAUAUUGAUUUUAAUUGAAACAUUAAACAUGAAACGGACGCGAUUGUCCGUCUCGGA